GAACAGUAAACAGUGAACAAAUAACAGUCCAAGAUGGCGUCCUCCAUGGGUGGAAUGUUCCCGGGACAACAACAACAGCAGCAGCAGCAGCAACAACAACAACAACAGCAGCAGCAGCAGCAGCAACAGCAGCCUCCCGGCGCGCAUCCACCUCCUCCCGGUCCCGGAGCUCCGGGAAGCAGAGCUUCAGGCAACACUUUAGUCGAUGACCUGGAAGCUUCUUUCGAAGCAUGUUUUGCAUCAUUAGUCAGCCAAGACUAUGUGAACGGGACAGACCAAGAGGAAAUCAGAACAGGUACCACCCAACUUGGUUAUGAUAAGAACACUGGUUAUAAAAGAGAGUCAGAUGUUAUUGGGGUUGACCAGUGCAUACAGAGGUUUCUUGACGUAGCCAGACAGACCGAAUGCUUUUUUCUUCAAAAGAGGCUCCAGCUGUCAGUACAGAAACCAGAGCAGGUGGAGAAAGAGGACAUAUCAGAGUUGAGGAACGAGCUCCAGAGGAAGGAAAUGCUGAUACAGAAGCACCUGACCAAGAUUCAUCACUGGCAGCAGGUGUUGGAGGACAUUAACGUCCAGCACAAAAAGCCUACAGAGCUACCGCAGGGGCCGCUGGCCUUUUUAGAACAAGCCUCAGCUAACCUGCCCGCACCCAUGAAACCCAACUGAGCAGUGCCUGUGAUGGUGCGCGUCUUCAUUGGAGUAUUUUUAAUAACAUGUUUAAAGUUCUGAUGCAACAUUGGCCUGUAUAAAUCCAGUGCUCUGGUGAGAUUAUCAUUCACUGUCUGGAUAGUAAUUAAAACUUCUAACUAAGAGGGAACUUUCUCAACUCAAAUGGCUUUUGGUUAUACUCGUGUAGUUCUGUUCAGAGCACUGGAGUCAAGAUUCUGAUAAAUCCAUACCGUAUACAAUACUAAACAUCAUGUGGGGUACAGUUUAAGAAGGGUGAGUGUUUGUUUUUGUGUGGAAUAAAUGUCUACAUUUUGUA